AUGGACGAUCUGAGGGAUCAAUUCAACAAGGGCAAGGAGUGGAGCCGGGGGCGCUACUUAGACCCAAAGAACAUCCAGAGGCAGCAAGCCUACUCCGCCGCUUCUCUCCUCCCUGACUUCUCUUCCCCAGGCAACUCUAUACGAAAACGCUCCAGCCCGUCAGCGCGCAGCUCUGGUGUCUUUGCUUCGGCCGGCUCUGCUUCUGCCUCUGUGUCUGCUGCCGAGUCGCCUGUGGCUGCCUCGCCUUCCCAGCGGCAUCGGCGCCGCCCCAGCUGGGGAUCCGUGCAAGGCUCGACUUUUGAAGCGCCUCUGAACCCUGUGUCUGCCUCGCCAUCUCGGCACCGGCGCCGUCCCAGCUGGGGAUCAGUACAAGGCUCGCCCGGUUUUGCUUCCAAGCGCCCUUCCACUGCUUCUGGAUCCUUCUUCCAUGCAUCCAGUGCCAGCGGUGCGUCCAGUGCCGGCAGUUGUGGUGAUGCUGGCGAUGCAGACGCUUCUCUCGCCAUUGCCUCUUGUUCCGAUCAACCUUAUUCCUCCUCCGGACACCUGAUUUCUCUCACAGCUGACCCUCGUUCUGCAAGCCCCUCCACUGCUUCUGACGUCUUCUUCCGUGCUCCCAGCGCUGGUGUUUCUCCUGCUGCUGCUGUUACCAGCACUGGUGGUUCCCCCAGUGCACCUAACUUCCACUCCUCAGCUAGUUCUGGCAGCACGUAUCCUGCUGGUAGUUCCGGUGGUUGUGACGCUGCUGGUCAUGCAGACAUGCCCAAAAGAGAAAGGCGGACAAGCAGUAUCCUGCCUUUUUCGGCGUCACUACCUGCCGAGCCUCGCCCACCGGAAGCUGAACCCUAUGCACUGGAAGCAGUGGCGCAGCUGGGGGAACCAAAGAGGAGAAGCAUCACCUUUGGUAUGGAGGAGCAAUCAGACUCUCCGACUCACUCACCCCUGACACUCUCGCAAUCCCCUCAUGCGGAGCAGCAGCAGCCGCAUCAUCUGCCACUGCUGCGGCAGCAGCUGCCACCGAAGGCAUCGUAUGGGCGGCUCAACUCUCCUCUCGUCAACUCUCAGGCAGUGUCAAGCCAGGCCAGCCAGGAGCAGCAGCAGCAGGAGCAGCAGCAGCAGCAGCAGAGGAACCAGGCUGGCAGGCUGCGUAAGACUGCUCGUGUUCAUCGCCGGAGUGCAUCGUAUGACGUCACACAGAAGCCAGGAACGAGGUGA